AUGUCGGGCACGGCCAUUACUCCACGCCGCCGGGCGUCGCUUGUGGCCUCUCCCACCCCCAAUACCCCCUCGUCCAUCCCUCGCCCCCAGUCUGCAUCUGGUCGAUACAAGAUUGCCAUGGCGAUGCCUAGCUUGGCCGACACGGUGACCUCAAACACGGCCGCAAGUGGCGACGACGCAGAGAAGGGUCAAGUUCGCGUCGUGCUGCGUAUCCGACCAUCGGAGCCAGCAGACCCCACCAUUGCUCCUCGCCACCGCCAGGUGCUCGUGCACCCCAUCUCGCAGAAUGAUAUCCGUGUCAGCGUCGACCCAGCAGUGCUCGCGGGCACCAACACGAUCGUGUCGUCGGCCAAGCGCCAUCCCACCUUUGCGUUCGAUCACGUUAUGGGCGAGCAGGCAUCGCAGAUGGACAUGUACGAUGUCGUGUCCAAAGACCGCAUCGAGGACUUCCUUCGCGGCUUCAAUGUGACAUAUUUGGCAUACGGUCAAACAAGCUCUGGCAAGUCGUACUCGAUGGGUACGACGGGCGAGGAUGCCGACUACUUGGACUUGGAGGACGACUCUAGAGCUGGCCUCAUUCCCCGCACUGUGGAGACAGUAUUUCGCCGCGCAGACGAGAUCCGGUUGGCCUCGGGCCCAGGCGCUUCCUGGGAGUGCCGGGUAUCCUUCCUGGAGCUCUACAAUGAGGACAUGAUUGACCUCUUGGCGAACACUGGCAUGCCCGUGUCCAUCCGCGAGAAUGCGGACGGGCGCAUCGUGUGGUCAGGUGUUCGCGAGAUCAAGGUCUCCAACGUGUCCGAGGUCAUGACCCUCCUGCGGGAGGGCUCGACGCGUCGUCGCACCGGCGAGACCAAUAUGAACGCCACCUCGUCCCGAUCCCAUGCCGUCUUCUCCCUCACCCUUAUCCAGUCGCGUCGCGUUGACAGCUCUCACGACAGCGAGGACGGGCCUCGAACGCCCAAUGGCCGCCGGCCGCACUCCGUCAUGCUUGGAGGCGGAUCCCGCUCUUCCACCCCAGUCUUCUCCCGCGGGCCUCCAUCCAGCUACGGCAAACUCGGAGCAGGCCGUCCCAACAGCGUGCACGUCGGCGCCAUGGGCCGCGGCUGCGACGAUGAGAUGGUCGUGUUAACGAGCAAGUUCAACAUGGUCGACUUGGCCGGCUCGGAGCGCCUCAAGCGCACCGCCGCCCAGGGAGAACGCAUGAAGGAGGGCAUCUCCAUCAACAGUGGUCUCCUUGCUCUGGGAAAUGUCAUCUCGGCCCUCUCCGAACCUGCCAAGAACCGGGGACACAUUCCGUACCGCGACUCGAAGCUCACACGCUUGCUCCAAGACUCCAUUGGAGGCAAUGCGAUGACGACAAUGAUUGCGUGUAUUUCUCCACUCGAGUACAACAUUAGCGAGACGCUCAACACAAUCAACUACGCAUCGCGAGCCAGGCGGAUCAAGAACUCUGUGCAGAAGAACCAGGCUGAAGUUGGAUGGGACGACAUCGACCACUUGCGCAACACGGUCACAAAACUGCGUGCCAAGCUUGCAACGAUAGAGACUGAGGGUCCGCGUGAAACCCGGAGCCGUGGCGCGAACGGUGCCAACAACGAGGAAGCACUGCUGCGCCAAGUAGCCGAGCUUCAAGACAAGCUUACGGACCUGGAGGAUGAGUUUAGUCAUCUCCAGGACCAAUACUUCCAUAAAUGCCGUGAGAUUGUGGCCCUGAGCGACCCCGACCAGUUUGAGGACGAAGACGACAAGCUCCGGCAGUUCAACGAGACGAUUGAGCCCGUCGUUCUGGAGUACGAGAAAGUUGUUGCUUCCUUGACUUCGCAGUUGGCUGAGGGACGUGCAUCGUCUGCGCUGGCACAACAGGCACACGAGGAGCAGGCCAUGGAUCUCACUAAGACUCAGGAGCGUCUGAGCGAGCACGAGGCCUAUGUGACCGAGCUCAAGAGUCGCAUUGCCAAGCUCACCGAGCGCAACGACUCGUCCGAGGCCUACAUUCGCGAUCUCGAGACCAAGUUCCGUGGUUUCACCGACAAUGACGACCGUCAAACGGAGAUGAUCACCGGCCUCACCUCCGAGAUCCAGCAGCUCAAGACCGAGUCAGUCAAGAGCAACACAUACAUCUCGCAGCUUGAGGCACGCGUUGCCACCGCUGAAGCCCGCAGUGCCGAGCUCGCGCAACUCGUUGAGCGGUACGAGCAGGAGGCUGAGCAGCGCGAAAAGGCGAUCGCCGACCUCGAGGAGCGUCUCUCCUUGAUCGACAGCCAGCCCAACGUCGAUAUGCUGCUCGAGGAGAUCGAGACGCGGGACCGUCGCAUCGAGACUCUCGAGGCCCGCCUCCAGGAGCACUCUGAGACGGCUCCUUCAACCAGCCGGCGCGACCUCUCCACGAUUGUGGAGAAAGGCCCGUCAACACCACCCGAGACGCCGCCUGUCUUAAGAACGAUUGCUGAGGACGCCGAGUCAGAGGUCGACCUCCUCCGUAAGGACAACGAGGUUCUCAUUGCGCGCCUGCAGGAGGUUGAGGCUCGUCUGGAGCAGAUUCAGCACGGUCCUGCAACCCCGACGCUCGAGCCUCCUAGCGAGCGGGACGAGGAGCUCGAGGACGAGGAUAGUGCUCGUGUUCCUGACUCCCCGAACAAGCGCGGAAGCACCAGCAACGACUCGAGCGAGUCCGACACGGCUCUCCAGACGCCAAAGCUCACCAGCCGCGCCGUGUCGCCGCAGAUCCACGACGACCCCUUGCACCAGGCCAUGAUGCGCUCUCCGUACGCCCAGUCGCGGUCAGGCGACUUCCGCAACUCUACGCGGUCCGAGCAGCUCCGUCUGCUGCGACCCCUCUCCCUCUCUCAGGGCCUCUCGGGCUACGCCUACGCCACGUCGUCGCCGCGUUACUCGUGGAGCUCGUCUCCAUCCAACGGCAUGGCAUUCGAACGCUCGCCCAAGGCUGAGCGCUUCCCCAAGCGCCAGUCGAUGCCAUUCGACUCGUUGAAGCCUCUCCGCUCUGUUCAGUCGCUAGAGAUCGACCUCUCGCUUCUCCAAAAAACUGUCGCCGACCGCGAGGCACAGUUGCGCCAGCGUGAGGCCGAAAUCCAGUACCUCAAGCGGUCGCUUGAGAAGAGCUCUGCUUUCACCAAUGGCUCCCCUCUCAACUCUGACGAGGUUAUCGAGCGCCUGCGGGAAGAUCACUCGAACGAGAUCCAGAAGAUGUUCAGGGAGCACAAGCUCGCUCUGGACGACCUUGAACAGACUCACAAGCAGACAUUCAAGUCUGUGUCCGAGGAGCUCCACAAGGCGAGGGAGGGGCACGAGCGCGAGCUUGAGGAGCUCAACUCGUCCCACAAGACCAAGAUGGACGAGUUCGAGGCACGUCAAAAGACCGAUUCUAGCGAGACUGUUGAGCUCCGCACGGCUCUGGAUGCUGCUUGGGAGGAGGUCGCUGCAACUGGUCGGCGUCAGGAGACGGAGCGCAACACCCUGACAUCGGAACACAACCAGAAGGUGGCAGAGCUUGAAGAACGGCACGCCGCCGUGCUUGGUGCUCUGCAGGGCGAGCUCACGGCUAGCGCUAACUCGCUUGAGUCGAUCCGCGAGGAGCUUGCAGCUGCCACCGAGGCAAAGGAGCGCGCGGAGAAGGAUUUGGCCAACCGCCCCGACGUCAAGGACCUGAUUCCUCUCGAGGAGCACAACAUUGUCGUCCAGGCAAUGGAGGAGAUGGAAAAAGCGCUCACCGCUGCAGAGGACGAGAAGAGGCAACUCAAGAUCAGCGCCGACCAGGUCAAGUUUGAGCUGUCCAAGAUCCGCGACGAGCACGAGAUGCAGCGCUCUGGCGACAUCACUCGAGUCGCAGAGCUCGAGAAGCGCUGCUCGACCCUCUCCGCCGACAACGCCCAGCUCCAACAGCAGGUCGAGCGCAACCGCGACUCGAAGACGUCGAUCAUUGACUCUCGCAGCUCGCGCACCAAGCUGCCACCUAUCGGCCCUCCCCCGACCGCCCCGUUGCCGCCAUUGCCAGCUGGUCGCGAGGCGAUCAUGUCGCCCACGCUCACCAACUCGUCGCUCCCACGCAUGUCGCACCACGAGGGCUCGAUCGAGAGUGCGCGGUCAUCACGGUACGACCACGACUCGCACGACGGGCACAACGCGAGAUCCGCAUCCCAUGCGUCCAUAGUGCGGCCAGACAGCGUGGCUACCAACGCCGAGGUCGAGCGCGACCGUGCGUUCACUGAGCGCGAGGAGGCGCUGCGCCAGAUCUCGGAGACCGAGGAGAGACUCCUUGAACUCAAGUCGCAGCUCGAAACCGAGCAGCGCAACAACGAGGCGUUCACCAAGGACCUGAUCGAGCUGCGCAAGACCAACUCUAAGCUCAAGGUCCGCGUCGACGACGUCAACCGCGAGCUUACCGAGCUCAAGCGCGAGCGGGACAGCUUGCGCCGCGACGUGGUCGAGAUGAAGAACGAGCUUGCCGACGCGCAGUACGAGCGGAUAGCCGACCGCCAGCGCCUCGAGGGCGCGCGCAAUGAGGUGCAGCAGUACAAGGCGCAACUCGAACGUGCAGUCGACCGCAAGGUCAACAAGCGCUCUGAUCAGAAGCUCAAGGCAAUGCUUCUAAUCUAG